GGCUUUGGAGCUGUGUAGCCAGCCAGGGGGAUGGAGCACCUUAAACUCUUGAAAGAUCCCAACCUGCUGGGCAGAGUGCACCUGGACAAUUUUGUCCACCUUUCCUUUCUCUUGAGCAGUAAGCUCUGUUCCACCUUUGCCCCUUUAGCAGUCCCCUCGGUGUUAGGAAGUCUCUUAGACUGCCUUUCUUUUCUACAAGAAUAGCAGUAUGUGGAUCCCUAUUUUUCACAAGCAGCUGGAAUCUCAGUUUCUCCAGGUACUCUGCCUGUCUUAGCUUUCCAACCCCACUAAUAUCCAGAACUCCAUGCAAUGUAGGUUCUUGCUCCCAGAGCAGAUCUCCAGGGCUGGGUGUUCAGCAGUACUAGGCCUCCACUCCCUCCCUGCUCUGUUUCUCUUCCUCCCUCCAGUGAGCUAGGGUGGGGGAAGGGCUUGUGUCCCGCUGGAUCAAGGCUUUGGUACGUUACCCUGUCCCAUGAGGUCUGUUCUCUUCUCCAGGUGUAUGUAGUCUGGCCCAGCCUUCUUUCCUGUUGCUCUUUCAGGAUUAGUUGUAUUGAUUAUAUUUUCGUAUCAUAUGUGGUUUUAGGAGGAGGCCUCUAUCUCACCUCUCAUGCUGCCAUGUUUAAUCUCUCCUUUUGAAUAUUCUUUAAAAAACUGAGAUUAUAUGGACCAUGUGGUUUGCAGUCUGAUUUGUUUUAUUUCACUUUUUAUCAAAGCAUGUUUCCAUGUCUACAUCUUCAAAAAAUCUUUAUAAGCAUACUUUUAAUGCUCAGUACCAUGAUUUUGAUAUUCAUCUCUCUGGUUAUGGUCAUUUCCACUAUGGGGCUAUUUUCCAUGGUGUGUGGCUGGCUUUUGAUUAUCAGUGCAAACAGGGAUCUGAGUGCCUAGCUAAGUGGAAAUCAGACAAGCUCACUAGAACAAAUUUAUUAAAGAUUGUAUUGCAACUGCUCUCAAGGGCCCAGAGGGUGGUUGUUGGAGUUCCCUCUAUCUGCCUUCAUUCUGUGCCAUGGGCCAGGCAAGCAGCUAUGGAGAGAAUGGGCUCCCACAUCAGCUCUCCUUGAGAGAACCAAGAGCUGACAUCCCUGUAGGAUAAGACUGAGAGGAGAAUUUCCCAGUAAAGAUGCUGAGGCCAGAGAAGGGGUAUGACCUUCUUAGGGUCACUUAGAACAGGGCUAGAUCCCAGGUCUCUGGAUUCCUUCCCACCCCCAUGCAGGUCCUACUUCAUAUACUGAGGUACUUGGCACAGCUUGGAGUGGCAAAGAAAAGUCGAAGAAAAGAAUGAGGCUUGUGCCAGAAUAGGCUACUGUGUGGCUCUGGGGGAGCAAUUCAGUGCUCUGAACUUCAGGCAUCAUCUGUAAAUGGGGUUAUGAUAUAUAUAGGGGUCGUUAAGAAAUCAGGCCUAUAAUGGAAUCUAGAGGUGAAAACACUUGGUGCUCCAAAGCUGCUAUAAGAAUGGGGGUACAGAGGACCCACAAAAUUAGGUUUUCUUUUUGUCAGAACAUACAACAAACAUUAUGGAAGUCACGGGUGCAUUUCUGUCAUGCCUAUUACGGGGUGUUCGUGGAAUUCUUCCGUAAGUAAGGUCAACUGUAGACAGAGUCUAUUCUAAAACAGUUUUCUCCUUUGAAUCUCUUUUUUGAAGAGGCAGGAAAUAGCCGGCCUGCAGGAGAUGUCCAUUCAGGAGAUUCAGCCUGAAUGCUGAAUGUGAAUGCAGGCCCCACCCAGCAUGGGCUAAGGUCCAGUACAGGAAUGCUCCUGCAGACCGCCCUGCCGAAGGUCUGGGGAGCCCCUCAGGUUCUCAGCCUCAGCCAAAGAAGAGAAGAGGUUAAAAUGGCUUUAGAAUCAGAACUAGAAUCCAUGGCUUUCAGCCUGUAGGGAAUUUGAUACCAUCUCUUUUGUGGGCACUCUGUGGAACUGCAGCUCCCGCUGCAUUCAUGAGCCUGCUUGCUCAGGGCUGGCUGGUGAGCAGAGGGAAUUAAGCAAUACUGACCUCAGCCAGCCCAAGUGGGGGUUGGCUCAAAUGCGCUGGGCUGGGGGUGGGGAUGACUAGGUCUCACAAAGAAAAGAGUUCCUCCGCUGUUUCAGGAGCCAGUGGGAGAGAAGUACUCCAUGUGGGCCUCAAGGGCCUCAAAGAUGCUGGCAGUGCACUGAGAACACACAUGGGAGGCACAGCCCUCCCUCCCAAGGCACCAGUGAGGAAACAGUGCGGCAGAUAUCCCUGAGGCCUGGGUGCCUUGACUUGGCUUGGUUUUAUUUUUGUAUGACCACUGAAGUUUUUCCCUCUGGGGAGUUUGGGGUGCAAUCCCUGUGUCAUCUAGAUGUGUCUACAUAGGUCUGCCUGUGAAGGGCCACCUGGCCUGCGAGUGAAGCAGGAGCAUGGCUCGUGGGCGACCCCCAGGCUGUCCUUCUCUGUGUGGACCUGCCGCCCCCGCCCCAGACACUGACACACAUUCUUGGAAGUGUCCUGGGGUCUGGCCAUAUUCCUGAGCGCCCAGCCUGGGGAACCCAGAACUGCUCACUAAGUAAAGGCAGAAGGUGCUUUAUGAGAGCUGGUGGAUUCAGGGGUGAGGUUAAGUGUGAAGAGGAGAGAGAGGGGGAUGUUGAGGAGGAGGAAACAGUAGGGGCUUGGUCUCUAGGCCUUCACUGGUCCUGAGUGAACACGUGUCUUCUUUGGGCAAGGCCUGAGUCUUACCCCAGGUGGCUCUGGAAUUCUUGAGUGGUACAUCUAGAAGUCCACAAAAGGGGGACUCUCCAUCUCUGUACAAGUAUAUCUUAGUGCUCUUUCUCUCUCCCUGCUGACUUGCUCUUCAUCCAUCCAUCCAUCCAUCCAUCCAUCCACCCAUCCAGCCAUCCAUUGUUUAUUCAGAAAGUAUCUGCUUUAAGCCAGACAUUGUGCUGAGGCAGAAGAUAUGAAGAUAAAUGACACAGAUCCUGCCCCCAACGCGCGAAGUCUAGUGAUGCUCCCUGGGUGUCUGUGGGUCAGAGCAGGUGAUAGGUUCAGGGGAGAGUGAAGCACAAAGAAAUGUUCCUGUCCUGUGGGCUAAGUGCUCUGAUGAAGCUUGAGAGAAGCUGGUGCCCCCAGCCCAAGGAGUGAGGGGGUGCGUGGAGGCUCCAGGACAGGGCAUGUCUAAGGAGGGUCUGGAUUUUGUUGAGUAAAGUAAAGAGAAGCCACCAUGUAUCUAUUAGAAUUGCUGAAAACCAGCACCCUGACAAUAUCAAGUGCUGGUCAGGACGCAGAGCAGCUGGUGUGCUCACACCGUGCGGUGGGCAUGCACACUGAUAGCAUACAACCCAGCAAUCCUGUUCCUAUGGAUUUACCCAAGAGGAAUGAAACCAUGUCUACGCAAAAGCCUGGAUCCAAAUGCUUAUAGUAGCUUUAUUCAGAAUCACCCCAAACUGGAAACAACCCGAAUAUCCCUCAACUGUAGCUCGGAUUAAUAGAGAUGCAGCCAUACCUUGCAGUAGAGGACAGGUACUCACAGCUGCACGGGGGAAUCUCAGAGGCCUUAUGCUGAGGGCAAGGCAUCGAUCUCAAAGGGUUAUACACACUGCAAUUUCAUUUAUAUGACAUUCUGCAAAGAUGAAACCUUAGGGGCAGAGAGCAGGUGAUGGUUGCCAGGGAUAGGGAUGGAGAGGCUGCAACUACAAAGGGCAGUUCUGGAGUGAGGGAACCCUGAUUGUGGUGGUGUUUCUGUACAUGUGUUAAAACUUACAAAGCUGUACAUAGAAAUUCUAGGUUUACAGUAUUUAAACUUAAAAAUAAUAAUGAGAAGGAAAGACAGUCUAGCAGAGGGAACAGCAUGUGCAAAGCCCUGGAGGGAAAAGUGAUCUGUCAGAGGUGGCUGGAAGGGAGUUGGGGGGAACCCCCUUGAAAUGGGCUUGGAGGCAGAGCCCAGCUUUGGGCUGGGAGUGGUCUCAUCACCCUACAGGGGCUUUGUGUUGUUAUCCUGAGGGGGAACAUUUGCAUUUUAGAGCAGUUUUGGAGGGAGGGGAGACUGUAGGGAGUGAAAUGGAGGGGUGGUGUCUGGGGCUGAUGGGGACUCAGGUGGACAGCUGGAGGAACGGGGGGCCCCUGGGCUGGAGGUGGGGCGGGCAUGCUUGGGCAGCACCCCCAGCCCCUGGCCCCCGUGGAUGAGGUUCUUGGUCAGACCUCUGCCUGCCUUCCUCCUCUCUCCUCAUCUUCAUUUUUACUUACCUCAAGGUGUCCUUUAACUAGUCACACUAACAAGUGACCAUGAUAUAGAAAAAGCCUAUUUAAAAAUGGUACUCAUCAUUUUAAUUCUAUAAAAUAGAUUUUUAUGUUCUAUUUACAAGAAUCACAAAGUGACAUGUCUCCUUUAAUCCUCUGGCUGGGUUUUGCCACUAAAAUAAAAAUAGGAGAGAGAUAAUUGCAAUAAUAAGUGAGUUAUGCUGCUCACAUCGCCCUAGCUGCCUCGCUUGCCAUCCCUGGUGCCCUAGGGCCAGCUGGCGCAGGCACACAGCCCGCUCCUGGCCCAGGCCCCCCUCUGGCCCUGCUGGUGGGGGGCAGGGGCUUCAGCUGCUCCAGCUCUCCCAGCAUGACUUCCCACCUGCUGUGGGCGUGGGCGUGGGCUUCUGCUAAGUGGCCUCAGGAAAGAGCUGUGUGACAUGCUGUUUACUUGUGGGCAGUUUUUAUUUGGCUUCCCAGGGUGUUUGGUUCCAGGCGUGUUGUGCUUGCAAUGAGCAAAGAGCCUCUUCCAGAACCACUUGGAGAAUUCAAAACCUUCCAUCUUGGCUUGAGCGGUAGGCUCAUGGUUCCAUGGCUAGGAGCCAGGUGCUGUAGGGAUUUUUCCAGAGUCAGCACUGGUCAGUCAGCAGUGGGGAGGGGGCCAGACGAGAGGUGGGGAGAGAAGAAAGAGGAGAGUCGGAGCCAGAGAGGAAUGGAUGCCAGUUGAGGAGACAGAGGCUCGGAGGGCGUCGUGGCUCUGGAGAAGGCUGCGUGGCAAGAGGUGGUGGGUGAUGGCAUUUGGCGUCCUGAUGACUCUGUCCGUGGUGGCUGUCACCUGCUUCCUUGCACAGCAUCCAGCCGACAGCCUGGACCCUGGUCCUAAGGAGCCCCUGGGGAUAACCAGCGCCCCCAGUCCCCACAGCCAGCAGGCUCUGAGCCUCGGCCGCAGGCAGCAGGCAAGAAACCUGAGGUUCUGGACAGGCUGGGCCCUGCCCAGGAAUUCCAUCCUGGUGUGCACAGAGGAGCAAGGCCACGGAGGGAGAGUGGGCAGAAGCAGGCAGUCCCCAGGAGGAGACGGCAGACAUCCAAGAAGGGGCAGGAGGGAUAUUACUCUGGCGUCUCUAAGAGAUUUGCAACUCAGUACCUGGCGCCGUGUGCUCCUGAGGGAGGAGGAGGUCAGGAGCCCUGGACCCAAAGCCCUGGAUCCCCCCUGGCACAGCAGUCUCACUAGGGAGGCACAGAAUGGGACCAGCCCCCUGGUCAGUCCCCUAGCAGGGAGUGACAUGGCAGCUUUACAGGCUUGGAGAUCUACUGCUGGACAGACCACUUGGGCCUAUCCAGUGGAAGGCAGGGAUCUGUCAGGAGCUGGGAACAGGGACUUCACAGGUAGGCGACAAGCAGGAAGUCCCACUCCAGCUGCAGGGACUCAUCAAUGGCCUGGCUCUGUUGUGGAGCUGCAAGGAUCCAUCUGGUGUGAAGCUGAGACCCCUGGGCUGUCGUCCAGCCUGAGGAUUGUUGGGCAGGUUCCCCCAUGGCUCACAGAGCAGGACAUGCAGACCCUCCAGCUGUUGGCACAUGGGGAGGUGGUAGGCAAAGCCAGGGUCCCCGGCCACGGGCAGGUGCUGCAAGUCAGCUUCUCUGCGGAGGGUGCCCUUCAGGACGUGUCUCCUGGGCUCAGCCAGCUCUGCUCCCAGGGGCUCUGUGGUCUGAUCAAGAGGCCUGGGGACCUGUCCGAGGUCUUGUCCUUCCAUGUGGACCGUGUGCUGGGGCUUCACCGGAGCCUACCUGCGGUGGCCCGGAGCUUCCACAGCUCCCUGCUGCCCUACCGCUACACAGAUGGCAGCAUAAGGCCUGUCAUCUGGUGGGCACCCGAUGUGCGGCACCUGGGUGACCCGGAGGAUGACCAGAACUCUCUGGCCUUGGGCUGGCUGCAGUACCAGGCCCUGCUGGCCCGUGGCUGCAGCUGGCCAGGCCAGGCCCCAGGCCUAGGUAUCCAGCACACCGAGUGGGCACGUCUGGCACUCUUUGACUUCCUGCUGCAGGUCCAUGACCGCCUAGAUCGCUACUGCUGCGGCUUUGAGCCCGAGCCCUCCGACCCGUGUGUUGAAGAGAGGCUCCGAGAGAAAUGCCAGAACCCAGGAGAGCUGCGACUGGUCCACAUCCUGGUCCGGAACAGCGAUCCUUCCCAUCUGGUCUACAUCGAUAAUGCUGGCAACCUUCAGCACCCUGAGGACAAGCUGAACUUUCGGCUGCUGGAAGGCAUAGACGGGUUUCCUGAGUCUGUUGUGAAGAUUCUUGCAUCAGGGUGUCUACAGAAUAUGCUGCUCAAGUCGCUGCAGAUGGACCCGGUGUUCUGGGAAAGCCAAGGCGGGCAACAGGGGCUGAAGCAGGCUCUUCAGACCCUGGAGCGGCGGGCACAAGUCCUACUAGGAUACAUCCGGAAGCAUAACCUGACGCUCUUCAGGGACGGAGACCUGUGAGCUGCGCCGCUGCCCAGGCGGGGCGCUCCCCUCACUCGUGGGGCGCGUCACAACACAGCCUGAGUGGGUUGCCACCCAUCCUGAUGGUCACAUUUCCUGGGGUUCACCCAUCAUCAAGACAAAUGGGACAAGCCAGAAACCAGAAGGGCACCGUGAAGGUCAUGGCAUGUGUCAUCUGCUUGGAAUGGUGAAGGUGGUUGUGGAUUUUCAGUAUCACCACAUUCCUUUCUAACUUCUCAGUUCUGGCUAUUACUCCCUUGCACCAAUAAAUGCAUUCAAGAAUGUUCUACGAA